AUAUAUUUUUUUCUUUUUGGCAAAAUUACAACUGCCCUUACAGAAAGCAUGAAAUUCUUGUCCAAAAAAUAUCAACAGAUGUAUAUAAAAAUGAUUGGAGUGUACAAACACACAACAAUCGUGCAUUCCUCAGUCAAAGGGUAAUCACCAAGACAGUGUUUGCUCCUCAGAGAUCACAAAAAAGUAAGAAACACCAGCUCCGAUGACUCUGUAUAAUCUACAUCCUUUGUGCUUGGUUUAAAACAGUGCAUGCAGAACAACUCGUGUUUGUUGAAUAUCUAGUUGAUGGGAGGGCCGAUGACGUGCCAUAGAAAUGUAUUUUAUGCCCCAAGUGACUGGUUUCAGAGCAGUUUUUUUUUUGUGAUCUGCUCUAAAAAUAGUAUAAGUAAGGGCUAAUGCCGACUGAGCUGACCCCAGACGGGACCGGCGCAUGUCUGAGUUCACAUACGAUGGUAAAGGAGGCUCUCAUGUUUGUUUAGGAUAUGUGUUUUCAUCUCAAGUAUGUGUAGGCGGAUUGUAAAAGUGACUACUGGAUAGAGCAGGUUUUGCUGAGAGGACAUUUUUAGUAAAGACUUUAAACUUAUUAAAUAUUUACAUUAAGCUGUUUCUGGCUUGAAAGAAGGAGGUCAUUUGGAAAUGUGUCGAACAAAAUGAAAAGUAAUUUAAAAGGUAAUAAAUUAAUAUUAAACAUGGAAUGUCUCCCUGUCAUUAUUUUGAGUUUUCAAUAAGAUAGGCUAAUUUGUAAUCUUUUAUUUAUUUUUUUUGGGGGGGAUUUGUGGAAUCUGAGGGGAACCACCUUCAGAAUUUGUAAUGGUUAUAAUGGGAAUUGUAUUGGUUUUAAUGGAGAUUGUAAUGGUCCCUACUGGUAAACUAUUAGUGGCAUGUUAUGUCUAGUGGAUACCAUUAAGGACCGGUAAUGGUUAGCUGAUGGUUUGUACUGAUAUUUGUAGUGAAAACCAUUAGAAUGUGUUAAUAUAGUGGGGAUUUUUUUUUCAACAGGGUUAUGGUAUUGGUCUACUGUUUCAGCACUGCAGUGGGACAUGUGGUUAUAUAUUUAUACACCCCCCCCCCCAAUAAUCAUACUGAUGAUGUCCAGAGUGAAAAAGCUCCUCGGCGUCAUUGGGACGUGCCCUUUAAGACACGCAUGGCUUGCCCGUUAUUUAUGUGCUUUAUGCUUUCUCUAGUGAAUCCGGUCCUGUGACGUCAGCGCAGUUAAACGCGUUGCCGUUUUAUUUUUGUCGGCAGAGAUCCUGAUCCUGCGCGCUUUCGAUGCAAGUCGGCUGCGUCCGAAACCGCACGCUAGCGUGCUAAAUAGCAUGUGAAAUUAGCAUGCCUUUAUAGUAUUUGAGAUACUAUUCAGCACGGUACUGUGCGGCUCGGGGUGUAACACUGUCCCUCUCUCUUCACUCGGACGGAAAUAGUCGGGGGCGGGGUGGGGGGGUUCAACUCCGGCUGCCACAUCCCUUUAAGAGCAACCGGGGACAUAGCGGUGAGAGAGAAAAGGAGAGGAGGGGGAGAAGAAAGAGGAAUUUAAAAAAGAAAAGGAAGAAAGGAGACAGGGGAGGCGGGGGAGGAGAGCGAGAGUGAGAGCGAGCACCGCGAUAAAAAAAAAAAGAAAAGGAAAAAAAAAAAAAAAAGAAAGAUGUCAUCGUGCGAAGGGAAGCGCCGAGGUGGAGCGGUAGGCCGCGGCCGGGCUCCGGCACCACUUGCCCGGGUCACGGCGUGAACGCAACACCGAGGCUUCGACCAAAACACCCGAUUGGCCUGUUCGGGGCGGGCGGGGGGGGGAGUUAACAGCCAGGGGAGGGGGACAAAAAUAACAACACAGAUUUAUGAAUCGGUUCGGGUUUUGUUUUUGUUUUUUUAAACCUUUUAUUUUUUUUUCUUUUCCAAAACGCGUGAAUACUAUAAUGUGUGACGGUUAAAACAAGGUCUGAAAACCGAAUCAAAUCAAUGUGUUUUGAUGCAUGUUGUGUGUCAGGUUGUAUAACUAACAAUUACUGCUUUCGUUCUCCGAGUUGCUGAAUUGCGUCUGAAGUUUCCGACGGUUGAUCGAGCAGUGCGGUUAGUUUCCAUAUACAUGUAUGGUGAUAAUUAUCCGGUUUGAACUGGCGAACGCUUUUGUCCAGAUACACUGAUUUUAAUCCAUCACUGCGAUAGUUCAGUGUAUCCGACAAUAAGUGAUAUUAUUAUUAUUAUUAUUAUUAUUAUUAUUAUUAUCGCAAUGCAGCUGGUAGGUUUCUUAUGUUAAAUGAUACCCGGCUAAAAGCGGCCGAAAGUUUUAGUCUGUAGUUGUUUAUCUUACCUGCGGAACAACAUGGAUGCUGCAUGGAGCAGUUUUCUCUUCCAGACCACGCCCACCCAAACCCAUCUAGAGGGCUCUCUCCAAUCAGAGCUCAUGCAGGUCCACGCGAGCUCGCCUCAUAGCCCGCCCACUGAGUCCGUAGCCACGCCCCCGUCGACUGUGGACACCACCGCCCUCAGUGAGGACCCUGUACCUGAAAAGCCACCAGUUCGUCCAGGCCGUGCUGCUCAUAUCUGUGCCAUCUGCAACAAGCAAUUCAAAAAUAGCUACAACCUGCGGCGGCACCAGUCUGUUCACACAGGUGUGCGUCUAAAGGGAGGCUCCUCCCAGAAUCGGGAAAGUGGCUCCAAAGAGGCCACCGAGCCUUUGUCCCUCCUCCACCUCAGUAUAGUCCCACCCACUUCAGUGCUUCCCGCUCCACCUCCACAGCAGCCGCUGCUAACUCAUGACACCAGUGAUUCAGCCAUGACCAGCACAGUCACGCCCCUUCCCCCCCCAACAGCCAUCGUCAUGCCGACGGGGGAGCCAGUCCAGCAGAGGCCAGUGAACCCAACCCCAAAUGCUAACGUGGUGCGUAAGAACCAUGCAUGUGAGACUUGUGGGAAGGCCUUCAGGGACGUCUACCACCUGAAUCGGCACCGGCUCUCGCACUCGGAUGAGAAGCCCUUCUCCUGUCCUGUGUGCCAGCAGCGCUUUAAGAGGAAAGACCGAAUGAGCCACCACGUGCGCUCACACCAGGGUGGCGUCGAGAAGCCCUACGUGUGCCCACACUGCGCCAAGGCCUUUUCUCGCCCUGACCACCUCAACAGCCAUGUCAGACAAGUUCAUUCUACAGAACGACCUUUCAAAUGUCCGACGUGUGAAUCGAGUUUUGCCACAAAAGAUCGACUGCGUGCUCAUAUGAUCCGGCAUGAGGAGAAGGUUCCAUGUCACAUCUGUGGCAAACUGCUCUCAGCCGCUUACAUCACUGAUCACAUGAGGGUGCACAACCAGUCACAACAUCAUGCCUGCCACCUGUGUAACAGAAGUUUCACAACGCUCACGUACCUGCGCAUACAUGCUCAGAAGCACCACGGUCAGGAGUGGAAGGAAAGUGGCUUUGGUUCUAGCGGUUCUGUUCUAGUGUGCCAUUUGUGUGGCGUGCACUGCAAAACCCUCACACAGCUGCAGGGCCACAUGGGUACCCACAAUCCCCCGGGCAGCAGCAGUGGAGAGGGCGCACCUGAUGGCACGGUGGUGCUGAGCAGCAGCAGCAUGGCGCCGGCACCCGCUGUCUUCGUGAGCACCAACACCAUGGUGGACCUGCUGGUCACCGACUGUUCCUGCAUCGCACAGGAGCCACAGAGCUAGUACUGCAUGCCUGUAACACACAUCUAUAUCCACAGACAUUCACAUUCUCACACACACACACACACAAGUACCCAGCUAGCAAACUAGAUCUCUGUACAUACCUUUGUGAUGCAUAGGACAUGUUUAUAAGAAUGGUAUAUACCAGGACUAUUCAGUUAGCAGGUUUUAUUUUUUUAAACAAUCCAGCUUGUUAACGAUACUAUAAUAAAGUUGCUGUAAUGGAUUUUCUAGUCUUUACAUUGUGAUAGCAAUCAAUAAAACUUCUGGGCUCUGGAACCAGCAACUAAAAAUGAGCAUGUUCUCCUUAUAUUAAAGCAAUCAGGAAACUUCUUUUCAGAGAGGUAGUCCUCUCUGCACAUGCACAGGCAGGUCAUAUAACAUUCACUGUAUAUAAGUAAGAAGGGAAGCUCGAUCUUAAAUGGGUUGAUCUAUAUCUUACAGAAGUGAUUGCAAAGAAGGAUGAGCAAAAUUUCUGUUCCGGCUGUUGAUGGAUUUGAGAAAACGAAGUGUGGAAAUGAAAAGUGUACAGGGGGGAAAAAAAUGGGACUGAGCAAGAGGAAGAGUAAACAUUUAUGUCUUCCAGAGCUGGAAAGACUUGAUAGAUCUGAAGCACUUUGCUGCCUUUGGAAUUGUUAGACUUAGUGUCAUUUCUGCCAAAUUUACAUGACAUGGUUAACUAGACAGAAAACAGCCCUCCAGUCUCUUAGUGUUUAGUUAUGAGUGUUGUUUGCUUGGAUGUGGCUUACAAAAGCACCAAUGUAGGUGCCUCUGAUCUAACCCCACAACUGCACACUGAUUCUGCAAAUUAAAUGAUUAAGUGUAUGCAUGGUGAGGUUUCUUGAUCCGAUAUCAAGUUUUUUUUUUUUAACCGCUUGCGUUAAACUGCUUGCAUAAACUGCUUGCACUGCCUCGUCUUUGGAAGUAGGUGUUUCGGAUAGAGCAAGUGAGGUGGCUAAGUCUGGCAAAAGUUCGAGAAGAAAUCUUUAAAAUCAUUAACAGAUUUAGGGAGCACUGAAACCUUCAUAGACCAGCUUUGGAGUUGUCUUUGAUUGGAUUAUGCCUUAUUAUUUGCAACAACACAGUGACUUCCACUUCUUAUCAGUUAUAAUCACUAUGUGGUGGCUGUCACUGUGUCUUUUAGUCUUUUACUCAUAAGAUUACUGAAUGAUCAAAUGUUUAUGUGAAGGUUCAGCAUUGUCUGUCUCACUGCCAAAAAGAUCAUCAGUAAUGAAUAGUAAUUUUUUAAAUCAAAACGAAUAAUAAAAAACAAUCCUGAUGGAUUCAUAAAUAUUUUAUCCCAUGUGUCAUAAAAGCAUGGCUCCCAGGCAGAUUUGCUUUCCAUCACAAAUAAAAAGGAUUACUUUGAUUGAUGUAUAUUGAUCAAAUUAUAGAUCUACUGUGUUAUUUUAUUGUGUUUUAUUAUUGAAAAGAUAUACUGUAGCACUCUUUUGUUAACCAUUAGGCUGUUGACUUGUGUUUCCCUACAUGAUGAAUAGCCCUGGUAUAUACUAUAACACUCUCUCUCUCUCUCUCUCUCUCUCUCUCUCUCUCUCUCUCUCUAACAUACCAAUCCACAUUGUUGAGCAAAUACUGUGAAAAGAGCUAUUACACAGCUAGCUGAGCACACACACACACUCACCAAUUACACAGCCACUGUAGCAAAUAAGAAAAGAAACUCAAUACGCAUGAACACUAUGUAUACCAGUCUCCACAGCACGAUGUAGAUCUUCAGUGUAUUAUUGCAACAUGAUCAGAGGUGCCUGUGAAGUCCAUGGUGGCUUCAAAAUGGCACGAGGGCAAUUUGACACUUAAUUUCAGUACCAAGUACGAUUGCACUGGCUGGAUUUCUCUCCUUUUUUUUUUUUUUUUUUGUUGUUCUCAAAAUCUGUUUCACUCUUAUUGCUGCAGGAUACAACGAUACUGUGAUUGUGACUUUCUACUGUAUUUCUUAUUCUGCUUUCUCUGCCACACCUUUCUACUCGCACACUCUAAACCAUGAAGAGAUGAAAAGGAAUUGAGGAAAAAAGAGGUCACAUAAAACGAGAACAGAAGGAGGAGAUGUAGGGGAAACAAAGGUGUAGAGUAGUUUGACAAUUUUCUUGUCUUCUUAACUCCAGAGAUGGAACACCUCACACUAAACUUUAUUGGCAAUGCUUUGGGAAAGUAAGUGGGUGUAGGUGUGUGUGGUAAAAAUUGAUAACUGUGUCUAGAGCAUUAACGGUUUGGUAAAAUGUGUCAAACAAAAAAAAGCAAGAGCUGUAUUCAGGAUCAUUGUGCACCUUAAACAGUUAACCAGGAUGGUUUUCCUUAUUGAAUUUGGUUAGCAAGUGAAGUCUUUGCUAAAGGAGCCUCGUUAUAAAAAGAAAAAAGAUGAACGCUUGGUUGACUCGGUUCAAUAGGACACUACAGCUUCACGAUCUUCAAGCAAAUUAUAAAAUGCAUAAAGAGGAGCUAAUUGAUGUUUGUUUGUUUUUUUGUUUUUUUCUUACUGCAAGCAAAAAAAAAAAAUGCUCAUACAAAAUGAAUACAACUUAUUGCUUCUAAGAGGACUAAGAAAAAUUAUAUUUUGGCCAUAAUUGUUAUUCAUGCUGUGUUUUUUCAUUGUGUGAAGCAAGUGUUUAAAGGAAGGGCUUAAUCAAACAACUGAAUUUAAUAGCCAGAAACGAGUAUAUAUGCCACCUGUUGAGAUUUAAAAAAAAAAAAAAAAAAAAAAAAAAAAAAAAAAAGAACAAAAAAAUUCUUUUUUGUAUUGGAGUGAUUAGUUUGAGCAGUUUAGUGUUGGUACUGUAUAUUAUGUGGUCAUUCACUAACUUAAAUUUUUUUGUAAUUGGAUAUUUUGUUUAAUCAGUAAUUGUUUAUUAAGCUCUGAAUCAUGUUUAGGUUAUUCUUCAUCUAGCACUAAGCUGAAUACCUCUCCUAUAGGAAUCAGUAGAGUUCCGGCACUGCAUCUCAAUGCCUUAUUGUACCACUCUACCCUGUUUUAAUUAAUAAGACUCUAAAGGUAUUUUAAAUUGUAGGCUUGGAUUCAGUAUGAAAUAUUAAUGGGAUGUAUUUAUAUUUAUAUUUUUAUAUUUCUCAACAGUAUGCAUGCCUAUUAGCAAUUGUUAGAGCAAAAAAAAAAAAAGGAAUUAUGUUGAUGCUUACCAUGAUCAUGAAUAUUAUGUCAUUAUUUUGUAGAUUAUGUAGAUCAUGUUAUUAUUUUGUAAUUUUGACUAUUAAAAAGAAAGGCAAGUAAUGAUA